AUGGGGCGGGUGUGGGGCACUCCGGAGAUCUGUGGGGCAGAUGUGGGGCCUCGUAGGGAGCUAUGGGGCACUGGGAGUGAGGCUAUGGGGCACUACGGGGCUGCUGUGGGGCACCAUGGGGCACCGUGGGGAUCUGUGGGCCCCUCCCCGGAUCGCUACGAGGCGGCGCUGCUGCUGGCGGCCGCCGGGGACGCGCUGGGCUUCCGGGGGGGGCGCUGGGAGUACUGCACCGCGGGGGCGCGCAUCCACGAGGAGCUGCGCGCGCUGGGCGGGCUGAGCCGCAUCGAGCUGCGCCCGCCCGAGUGGCCAGUGAGCGACGACACCGUCCUGCACCUCGCCACCGCCGAGGCGCUGGGCAGCGGGCUGGAGGGUGACGCACUGCUGCAGGAGCUGGCGCAGCGCUACGUGGAGGCCAUGGGAGACAUGGAGGGCCGCAAACCGGGGCCCAGCAGCAUCCUGGGAACAUCGCAGCUGCGCCCCGGGGAGCCCCAUGGGUACCGCAUCCCCUUCAACCCCACUGGCACCGGCUGUGGGGCAGCCAUGCGCAGCCUGGCUAUAGGGCUGAGGUACCCACGCCCGGAGGAGCUGCCAACGCUGAUCCAGGUGAGCAUCGAGAGCGGGCGCAUGACCCACCACCACCCCACAGGGUACCUGGGCGCCUUGGCCGUGGCGUUGUUCGGGGCGCUGGGGGUGCGGGGGGAACCCCCCGAGGUGUGGGGCGCUGAGCUGCUGCGCGUCCUGCCCCACGCGUGGGACUACGUGGAGGGCGCGGGGGUGGCCGUGGAGGACAACGCCGCCGCGUGGGACUUCUUCGGGGACAGCUGGCGCCGGUGAGGGGCAGCGGGGGGUG